GCAAAUAGUUGGCUGAGCCCUCUUUUUCUAUUCCAUUUUUGCCACUCUCUCUCUGUGGCUUUGCGAGGAAAUUAGGUUUUUCUGUGGAUUCAAAGAGUACUUCGUUGAUCUUCUCUUCGGUUUAUGACGAUCGUUGAAGAGGCGUGAAGUAUUGUAGUGAGAGAGAAUAGGAAGUGAGUGAAGAGGAGAGAGAUCUAAUCUGUGGUGGUACUGGUGGCGGAAAUGAGCGCCUCCAGGUUCAUUAAGUGCGUGACGGUCGGUGACGGUGCUGUUGGCAAAACCUGUAUGCUGAUUUCCUACACUAGCAACACUUUCCCUACGGACUAUGUGCCAACUGUUUUUGACAAUUUUAGUGCAAAUGUGGUUGUGGAUGGGAGCACUGUGAACUUAGGACUAUGGGAUACAGCCGGUCAGGAGGAUUACAACAGGCUCAGACCUCUCAGCUACAGAGGGGCAGACGUCUUUAUUCUUGCGUUCUCGCUCAUUAGCAAGGCUAGCUAUGAAAAUGUUUUCAAGAAGUGGAUUCCAGAACUGAGGCAUUAUGCACCUGGUGUUCCUAUUAUUCUGGUUGGGACAAAACUUGAUCUCCGUGAUGAUAAACAGUUCUUUACAGACCAUCCUGGUGCAGUGCCUAUUACAACUGCUCAGGGAGAGGAGCUGAGGAAACUAAUUGGAUCUCCUGCUUACAUUGAAUGCAGUUCAAAAACACAGCAGAAUGUGAAGGCAGUUUUCGAUGCUGCUAUUAAGGUGGUCCUCCAACCUCCAAAGCAGAAGAAGAAAAGAAAGUCACAAAGGGCUUGCUUCAUAUUGUGACUGGAAGAACUAGUAGUUAUGGCAGAAAGAUUGCUGCUGCAGUUGCCACACCGCCGCUAAUUCCUUCCGAAGGAACGAGCUUUGUUGUAUAGUAUCGACUUACAUUCUAGGAAUUUCUGUUGAAGCAUCAGAUGGUUUGUUUAUCAUUUACUUAUUUUUAUCAUCUGUAAUUUGUUGACUUGCAUUCCUUUUUAACAUGUUCACAGCAUGUUUAGAUCUGAAUGUACUAUAAGGUAUGUGCUCUAGAACCUUUUCUAAACCGCUUUGUCGACAUGAUAA